GUCCUUUUAAUCUUUUUCUCUAUGUUUUAUUUGUUAAUUAUGUAGAUAUUCCUUUUCCAUACAUUUAUAAAAUUACGACUUAUGAUAACACUAUCAAUUUAACAAUGACGUUAAAAGCAUAUUUGACUCCAAAAUCAAGUUUAAUUAAUGACUUCUACUAUUUUAACAAAUAAAAAAAUCACCCCAAAUAUUAUUUUUAGAAUUAUUGGAUAAAUAAACAUGGAGUACAUACCCAAAAAACUGCAUCAAAUCGGAUGGGAUAUAUCCAAAUGUGACUACACGAUAACGUGACUACACGGGUAAGAAUCGAUCUGGGGGUGGUGAGAGAGAUAGAUCUAGGGCUUUUAUUCUCUUCUUUUUAUUCGAGAGAGAGAUCGAGAGAGGGGAAGGAGAACUGCAGGGCUUCUUCUUCUUCUUCUUCCUCUUAUUCAAGCCAUCGCUCGACUUGCCUAGACGAUGACAUCAGAAGAAGAGGUACGGAACAGAAGAAUAGCUCUGUGCAGGAGAAUCUGGACCGUGGAGGUAGCAUACAAGGACGGAGGAAAGGUUCAUGUCAAAACAGGAGGCUGCGUGUGUGUCGACCCACGAGGGCUGAUACUGACAGUCGAACAAAUCUUGCCACAGGUUUGCACAUUCGAGACAAUUCGUGGCAGGAAUGUUGACGGAGUGGAUUUAGGGAUGGUGGUGUUUUUGUGGCUUCUGAUCCGGGCUGCAGUCUGGGUCUAUUUUGGACGGGGAUGAGGUCAGAUGAAGAGUUCGAAUUCUUCAAUUUGGAGGAAGAGAAUAACGCAAGCAUUUCCAUGUGGGACAAUGUGUUUGCUUUUGUCAUUCGUCUCAAUAUUCCCUACUCCUAUUUUGAAAUCCUAUUUUGAAAGGCUCGUAGAUCUGUUGUUUAUGUUGUGACUUAUGACUUACGAGGUACUGUGUUUUACUAUAAAAUGUACACUCGUAUUAUUGUGAUUUAUUUUUAGGCUUGUUUUAGCUCAAUUUGAAUUCAUGUGAUAAAAUUUAGGAUUGAAAUUUCAAGUUGUAAUUAUUUAAUUACCCAAUAGAAUACUUAGACACCUUGACACAAAUCACAAUAAAAAGUUAAACUCAACCCAUUAGCUUGUUCAUUUCAAGUUCUUACUAACCCAUU